AUGAAGCUCAACAACAUCCUUUCGGCUGUCUUCGUGGCCCUGGCCAUUGAUCAAAGCGCUGCCUUGGUCGCCCCCCGUGCAUCAUUAGGCGCUGCGACUGUUGACCUCAGCACCUCGACAGGAGAGGCUCGGUUUCUUGGGUCGGGAUUCAUAUAUGGAUUUCCUGACAACGGCACAAACACAGACAGCUCCAUUCCCGACUACUUCGCUACCGACAUCAAGUUCAAUGCUUGCCGUGCCGGCGGUGCCCAAACGCCAUGGCCAGGAUGGGCCGGUGGUGGGUACGACGGCUAUAUCGGACGUUUUAACUCUACGCUGUCCAAUUACAGAACCACUCGCAAGUAUGGAGCAGAUUUCAUUCUUCUCCCUCAUGACCUAUGGGGGUCCGAUGGGUCCUUGGGAGGAGGUGGGUUGUAUCCAGGAGAUAAUGGCGAUUGGUCUCAGAUGGAGGCUUUCCUCGCGCAAGUUAUCAAGGACCUUAAAGACAACGACAUGCUUGAGGGGCUGGUCUUCGACAUUUGGAACGAGCCAGAUAUUGAUACCUUCUGGGCACGCUCUUGGGAUCAGUACCUAGAGUACUACGUUCGAGCUCACAGAAUCAUAAGAGCCAAACUUCCUGACACCCUGAUUAGCGGACCAUCCAGUGCAAACGUACCUGAUCUUCAGAGUCCUACCUGGACUUCUUGGCUGGCCGCCAUAUCAGCAAACGAUACAAUUCCCGACAUAUACUCUUGGCACCAGAUUGGAGACACGGGACGUGAGCUCGACAGGGUCAUUCCUGAUUUCAAUACACUUCUCAGCCAACACAACCUUCCACAGAGAGCUAUAGACAUAAACGAGUAUGCAGCGCACGAAAGGCAGAACCCUGCCAACUCAGCCUUCUAUCUGGCUCAGCUUGAACGCCACAACCUACGCGGCUUGAGGGCCAACUGGGGCAGUGGAGCGGGUCUACAUGAUUUAAUGGCCGACCUUGUUUUCAAAGAUACCGACGGUAGCUAUAAACCCAACGGCGAUUGGCAGACGUACAAGUACUACGCCGGGAUGACAGGCGAUCGUGUUGCCACGAAUGCAUCGCCGGACCUCAAAUUCGAUGUCUUCGGGACCAUUUCUGGGAACAACGUCAAAGUUCUUGCAGGAACUCAGUCCCUCCAGGCCCCGUAUGAAAUCAGCGUCUCGGGUUUGGGUCGUAUUGGACUGCCUGCCGAUGGGAGUGUUUUAAUUCGCACUCUUCGUUUCGACUUUGAUGGCCGCUCAGGCUUGAUCGAAGGCCCUGUUGAUCUUGGCACGGCUGAGUACACAUACACGUCUGAUACGCUCAAUAUUCUCGUUGAAACUCCGACGAACUCAACUGCAUUUGCUUUCGAAUUCUCUGGCGGCCAGUGA